GAGAAGUUAAGUGGGGGGAAAAAAUUGUGAAUUAUUGGCAUGAGGAAAUUGCUACCGAAAAUUUCAGCUUGGAGAAACCCAAAAGCUGUGUAUACAUUCUCCUAUCACCAUGGUACAAGCAAGUGUAUAUCGGGAUGACGGAGCGCGACCUGUGGGCAAGGUGGAGGGAACACUUCUGCCAAGCGAAAAAGGGAGGUUGCAAAAGGAGAAGGAGAUUGUACAACUGGCUAAGUAAGGUGGGUGCGCACAAGUACGUGGCUACUCCGAUAUUUACGAGUAACUCAAAGUCCGAAUUGGCGGCAGUGGAACGGACCUUGAUCAAGCGAUGGUCUCCAUCAUUGAAUUCGACGUCAGGGAAGAACAAGAAAGGAGAGAAGAAGAAGAGAAAAAGGUUUGGGAAGAAGGAGAGAAGUAAGAAUAGAAGAGGAGGGAUGAGAUCUGCAGAGGGGAGUGAUCGGAAAUCUGGGGGAAAGAUUGUGGCAAUCGGCGAGGCGAGGGUGAAUGGAAAGACAGUCAAGAUUGUGGAAUUUCUAAGGGCAGGUAUCAAGAAUAAGGAGAAAGGUGAUAUGGUAGUUGUGAGUGAUGGUGGCGACACUUGGUCUGACGGUUGGAGAGUUGUACGAAGAUUGUUUGGUGAGACUAAGGUGAAGAUAGGCAGAGGGACAAGACCACUGAAGAAAUGUAAACGCCUUUUUGAUAAGAAGGGUGAGCUAACUUUGAAGAGAAUCACCGAAGCAUCACCGACAACCUUGAGAUUGAGAAACCACAUGAUUGCGAUGUUCAAAAAUAAAUGCCGGCAAACGGAUCUUCUGAAGAAGAAUUUGAAAGAGUUGUUGAAGUAUUACAGUGCGAUAAAAACUUUCACUACCAAGAGAAGCAAAUCACGUGCACGAUCUAUGUUAUCACGGGCAAUCAAGGAAGUGAGUGGAAUGAGCGUAUGUAAGAGUGUAAUUGCAAAGAUAGAGUUUGAUGAUAUAAUUCGUAAGAGCGAGGUUACGAGACUGGUAAGGAAGAAGACGGAGGGGCUACAACUUGCUAAACCGAUGAGGGAGAUGGUUAAACGUCGUGCAUGGAUGGUGGGGACAAGGUGCCCGAAUGUGGGAGAUCUGAUCCUCAACCAUAGACGAUUCUCGUCCUUACGUGCAUCCAGCUGUACUUGUGCUGGACUGCCCUACCCCAAGAGGGAUGGGCAUGUGCAUUUCCGUAUCGGUGAGCUCGACCGGGUUCUGGCCAUUGUUAAGAACGCGAAAAAUGUGCCAAGGAACGAAGGUGAGCGAAGAGAAGCCAGGUUGAAGAGUGAGUUUGAGAAUGCGUUUCAGACAUGGGAGAUUGAACUGGGCAAGCCUUGUGGCGAAGUGAUCGUCAACAUGAGUGAAGUGGAUAAAUGUUUUGAUGGGAGGAAGUCGGAGGAGCAGGUUGGGAAUUUGGGAGAAGUAAUGAUGGUGAAAUUGCGCUUACAAGGCCUAGUGCUAGCCCCCCUGGACCGCAAUCCGAGUGAGACGUUAGUACUUUGUCCUUGUUUGUAUGCAAGAGGCAUGGAUGAGACCUUCUUCCAGAUCGAUGGCUACCGAUUCCGCGAACGUAGUGAGGAGGAAUUGGCAACGGCGCAUGCUAAGUUUGUUCGCAAGAAUUUGGGAGUGCAUGGUAAGUGGGAUGCUGGUGAAAGGAUUGGGAGUGCCUAUAUGCUUUACCCAAGCAUAAGGACACGACGAGGUUCUGGCCAAUAUGUCCAACAUAUGGCGAACCCUCGGUGAGAGCGUGAAAGAGAGUCGCUCAGGCUGUGAAUUGCAUGUUGUACUCAUUACCCGAGUCGAGUAAUUUCAAUUUGAAGUCGGUAGCACAAAUGAAACUGAGGAUGUCGC